AUGGUCAACGAUGUAUUGGAUGACAUGUUGCCAUUCUUUUCAGCUAACGGUGGGAAGGCAAGGUCGACAAUGGUCUACUUGUUCCCCUUCCUUAUUGCGAUGCUCAAAAAUUACAGCGUGCCUUGCAAAGAAGUUUGUUUUCGAACUGGUUCGCCUGUCAAGAAACAAAGAACUACUGACAUUCCUCCAGGAAGUUCGAGUCAUCUACACCAGUUAAAGGAUGUGGAUCGAACAGGGAGGACUACUCCUUCAUCUAACAAUCGCAAUCCGUCUGCCAAGCCACGAGUAGUCAAGCAUGGAUCUGAUUUGGCAUUGUUGACUCCUUUGGAGGUGAGGAUGGUGGCGACUAAGAAGGUCAGAGAGUCAUCUACUCGGUUAAAGGUUUUUGGAAACGAGAAGAGCUAG